AUGUGCAAGGGUAAACCGAAGGAGAUUGUAAGUGGCCGCUGCAAUAUAAAAUUCUUUCGUUUAUAUGAUUGUAAAUUUUCUUUUAGCCGAUACCUCCCCUUGCGGCGUCCAAUGUCGGUGACGUGUUGCCAUUGAUUUACGAGAACAAGGUGGUUCCAAUGGAGAAACGGCACAUCUACGACCAGUUUUACACCCCGUCCUUGCAAAAGUCCGAGUUUAGUGCUUCACCCAUCGUUUUGUUUUUGGGACAGGUAUGACUCGGAAAUGGGUUUUAUACAAUCCGGGAACCCCCAUUUUGCCUCCGUUUUCUUUUGUAAUAUCGACUGUAAUACAAAUUAAUCACCAGUUUUAGUACUCUGUCGGAAAGACGUCGAUGAUCAAGUACAUAGUCGGCAAAGAGUAUCCUGGAUCGAUGAUUGGGCCCGAGCCGACCACCGAUUGCUUCACAGUCGUCUUUUACAGCGAUAAUCCCCAUGAGGAGAUGGGAGCGUCUUUGCUCAGCAAUCCGAAGCUUCCUUUCAAGGUGAGGUGGCCAUAACUGAUGGAAUAAUCAGCUUGAUUACUUUCAUGGUUUUUUUGGAAAACUCGAUUCUACUAAUUUUUUUUUUCAUUUCUAGUCUCUGGAGCAAUUUGGAGGAGCUUUCGAGAAUCGACUUCGCGGAGCUGCCGUUGAUGCGCCGGUUCUUCGACACAUGACUCUCAUAGACACUCCAGGCAUCUUGGCUGGAGAUAAACAAGUGAAAUCGAGGAAUUACGACUUCUCCAAGAUCAUCCGAUUCUUGGCCGACAAAGUCGAUUUGAUCAUCUGUGUUUUCGAUACGACCAAAUUGGAUAUGAGCGAUGAGUUCAAGGAGGUUUUGAAAGUAAGGCAUUUUAUGGUUUUAUUUCAUCCUUCUGGUUUUUUUGGAUUUAUCGGAUUGACUGGUAUUGCUUUAGAGUCUGAAUGGGAAUGACGAGAAGGUGAAGAUCGUGUUAAACAAAGCCGAUUGUGUUAGUCCAAGUGAAUUGGUCAGAGUGAGGGGCGCUUUGAUGUGGGGCUUGAGCAAGAUAAUUGACACCCCUGAAGUACCCAAGGUUUUUAUUGGGUCGUUCACGGAAGAGAUGAAGAAUGUAAAGAUAAUAUAAUUUCUGAUGAUUACAGUUCUCUUUAUACAAUGACGUGACGAAGGAGUUGUAAUAUUCAUCUUUCCAGCCAAAUGUGAUGAGUGUGUUCAAGGCCGACUACUUUGAGCUCUUCAAUGAACUCGAAUCAACACCCAAUCGAACGUUGGCUCGAAAAGUGAAUGACGUCAUCAAAAGGGCGAAGAGAGUCCGACUUCAUGGCCAUAUUAUGACGGAACUGAUGAAACUCAAGGUAAUUUAAUGACCAUCAUGGCGUUCAUAUCUAUAUUUUAUUAUUAUAGGGUGCCUCGGGCGGGAUUAAUCCUCCAAAAAAUACUUUGAGACCAGAGAUUGUUCGCACGGCUUUUGCCACAGUCCAGAGAAAUCUCGGGGUCACUGAUCAUGAUAUGCCCAACGUGAAUGUAGGUCGGACCCGAGAAUGGAAAAGUAAUAUAAAAAUAUUAUCCAGGAUUUCAUUGAAAAAGGUAGCCACACUCAAGCCAAGUUGUGGAAGAAGAUUGAUCCCAAGGAGUUGGCGAAAUUGGAUGAAUUUAUCACCAAGGACAUUCCUCAGUAAACACAGCAUUUGAUCAUGUUAUAUUAUAUAUAACGUAAAAAAUAACACUCUUUAUAUUUUCAGGAUCGUUAGCCUUUUACCUCAUGAUGACAAGAACUCAGAUUCGGUGAAAGAAGCCUUUGGUCGACUUCGGGAGAUUGUCGAAAGUGCCGGAGGCAGUCCAAAGAAGUCCGAGGAUAAAAGUAAAUCGAAGAGCAUCCAGAAUUCAGCGGACAAAAAAUCCAAGAAUUCCAAGCCUCGUGAAGACAAGUCCAAGAGCAAAUCCAAGGAAAAGAAGAAGAACAACAACAAAAGCGAGAAGAGUAAAAAGAGCGAGAAAAGUAAGAAGGAAGGUGAUAAAAGCAAGAAGGAGGGAGACAAAAGCAAGAAGGAAGGUGACAAAAGCAAGAAAGAGGGUGACAAAAGCAAGAAAGAGGGUGACAAAAGUGAGAAGAGUGAAAAGAAAGAAGAUAAGAGUAGCUAG